AUUUUUUAUUAUUAUUGUGUUUAAUUAAUGAGUAGAAACCUGAAAUACUUUCAAAAGGCGAAAUGGUUCAUCGAAGAGGUCUCAAUCCAUAAUAUAUUAAAUCUCAUCGAAACUUAUAACAACAAAAGGUAUAAAUUAUUACCUUUCAUGAAAUCCAUUUUCUUGCUAUUCUUUAUUCAAUUUUUCUUUUUCAAUACAGUGAAUAGCAAUUAGGAUAAUAAUAAUAAUAGCAACAAUAAUUUAAUAAAAAUAGCAAUCCCCUUCACCAUGAUGUUUAAUUUAGAGCAUGUAGGUGGCGAAAAAGGACAAGAGAGAUGCUCCGAUCAACGAUCCGACGGCAGGGAAAGUGGUGAUGGCGGCGCUGAUCGGCGACGGUGCCUGGGCAGCUGGGCUAGGGCUGUUGACGGCCGCCUCAUUAGCCAAGGCCACGGUGAAGGAGGCGGUGGCGACCAGGGCGGCGCAGGCGAUCUUCUUCAUCUCCAUUGUGAAGGACCGGAAGGCUUGAUCGGCAACAACCUCAAGAAUUCAGAUCAGAAGAUUAUUCACCGAAAACCUUUCUUUCCAACUUACUCCGUAUUAUUUAUAUAUAUUUACUUUUUCCUAUAUCGAAAGGUGAAGGCCAGGGAUGAAGGGUUGGUUAUAUAAGGGGUGCUUUUGGGCUAUUUAGG